AUGGCAGCAGGGCCGAACUGGGCAUACUCACCUGGUGUAAUUAUUGUUGAAAUUCUCUCCUAUUUGUCGCUUCGUGACAGACUCAGAGCUGCGUCUAUUUGUAAGAGAUGGAGAUCGUGCCUUUUUCACCCUUCACUUUGGAACAGUGUCGUGUUUGAACUAGGUGAAAGGGGUAGAGCGAAGUCUAAAUUUCUUGCAGACAGAUGUGGCCGUUUCGUGCGUGGAGCGGUUGUCAAAUUCAACUCGCUCAGUGUCGCAGAAGUGAGAGAAUGUGGCAGAAUACUAGCUAUCCUUUCGGAAAACAAGAACUUGAGGCAUUUCUCUCUUCAACCUUCGAGUUGCCACAUCGAAUGGCCCGACACUGAGGCUGUCCAUAUUAUUGACAAGUACCUGGACUUGAUUGAGUGUCUGAUUGAGCACAGCUGUAAACUGAAACACUUGUCUCUCGGAUGUGUCGAGGAACUUCUGGUCCACAGCAGUUCCCUCCUGCAGAAACUGUCCUCCAAACAUGGCUCCAGCCUCCAGUCUCUCCACCUGGCCAGUGUCAAGGAGGACAGCGAGAACUAUGGCAUCAUUGACCUCAGCCCCGCCAAAUUUCACAACUUCUACCUUUUGCAGAGUCUGAGUUUGGACUAUGAUUACUUGACAAAUGAACUGCUGGAUCAGUUCGCGAACUCAGACAGAGCAAAGCUCCAGAAACUCUGCAUCAAUGUUCAUGGUAUUGAAGCCGACCAUGAACGUAUCACAAAUGAUACAUGGAGGAAGAUUAGAAACUACAGCCCCAAGCUGGAGGUGACCCUCAAUCUGAUUCAUUCCUAUGAUGGAGUUGCCUCCCUUCUCGACAUCUUUCAGCCAGCCAUGCCACUGAUUCAUUUUCGACAAUUCUUCUGCUCGCAUGUAAACAUGGCUUCCAUAAGUUAUAUCUCGUCACAUUAUCGGAACAGCCUGAAGACACUCCACAUUGUUGAUGGUCUGGUAGAUGACAUGUCUAGUCUCUAUGACAACCACGACAUGGAAGACCCCUUUGUCAUGCUAGCAUGGCAGUGUCAGAAGCUUGAGCACUUUACACUCAUGGGUUACGUUAUUGGGGAGAAUGACAUCGUGGCGAUAGCUCGUCUUCGAGGCCAGCAACUGAAGACCCUCAACAUUCCUGCGCGCUGUAUCUCCACUGCUGAAGACGAGGAAGAGUCCAACUCAUGGUUCUCAGUGGGCUGUAUCAGUCGAGACUUUGCCAAGAAGGUAUCUGAGAGCCUGCGUUAUGAUUGGCUGCCCAUAGAAGAUGAUGAUCUGCCAAUGGCUGUGCUACGAGAUGAAGCGGACGCUGAGGCAGCCUACAUGAACACCCUGCUCUCGGACCAAGUGUGGGAGGGGGAGUAGAUGACACGGGUACCUCCUGAUGAGAAGGGGUUUCGACAGGGCUGAGAUCAACUGUCGGAAUCCGCAGACAGCAGUCAGCAGGUGCUGUACUGCUAGGAGGAACCAUUCUUCAUGAUCAAAUUUCUGUCCCCAGGAGAUUUGCAGGCAUUCUUAUUUUUGACCAGAAGACAGGAAAUUCUGUAAUUAAUUUAGAUCCAUUGGCCAUGUUGGCUGUUUUAAAAGUUUUUCCCCAGAUGAUAUUAGAAGUGUAAGGAUUAUGAACACACCAAUCUUUGAAAAUGGAGUGACUUUUGACAGGUAAAUGUGGUAUUGACUAUCAAAAUUCCUUACUUGUUGCAUGGGUUUCACACCAGUUCUCUGUUGAUUUUCAGCAUGAGUCUUUUAUUGCAAAUGCAUAUAUAUGUGAAACUAUUGAGACCAUACUGCAGGAAGUCGCAUUGUAGUUAUAUCUUUUCCGAAUAUUUCUAAGCAAACAAUUUGUGAUGUACGUAAAACUGAACUGUGAACAUUAGGACAAGUUUAAGUUGAAGACUGAUUCUUUUAGCUUUAAUGAAUUUCAGUUGCUGUUCUGGUCUGUCCUCAAGAAUUUAGGUUGUGGGGUAGCCGUGGGUUUAAAAUAUACUACUCAAAAGAAGUCAAGGAUCACUUGAUUCUUCUAUAUUAUUAUAGUUAAUCUGUCAUGCCAUGAGAAAUUAAUUAUUUUGAGGAGUAUCUUCACUCACCAUACCCCAAACCUUAGUUUCAAUUCCCCACACUGGUACUAUUGAAUGUGUCUUCAGCAACCCAUGCUUGCCGUAAAAAGUGACUAUGCUUGUAAGAGGCGACUUACGGGAUCGGGUGGUCAGGCUUGCUGACUUGGUUGAUGCAUGUCAUUGAUCCCAAUUGCAUGGAUCGAUGCUCAUGGUGUCAAUCACUGGAUUGUCUGGUCCAGACUCGAUUAUUUACAGACUGCCGUCAUAUAGCUGGAAUAUUGCAACAAACAAACAAAACACUAUUUGUGAUGGGAUUGAUUACACAGUUUGACUUCAUCCCAAAUAUAGUCUUUGCUACACAUGCUGAGAUGUUGAUGCAGUAUGGUCUUGAUCAGUUCCAUGAUAGGGGGCCAGUAUGGAGAUCAGAAAUACUCAUUGACCUAAUAUCAGGUAUCGCUAUGGUCUCAUGUGAACAUACAUAAUCGUGUGUCGAUUUAUUAUCUUAUGAUCAGGUCGGUGUAUUCAAUUCUGGGCAUUACAGACUGAAACAAUCAAAGUACUGAGUUUGGGCGCUGAACAUUCCAUCCUGAUGAAUAUGGUUACUACUUUUAUUUUCAACAUGUUCAAUAGGUGUGUAUAUUUGCGAUCAGUAUUCAUUCAAAUUAAACCUAAGGAAAUCAAACAUCCCCAGCGUGAAAAUUGUUUAAGAUGUUUAAAUGUCUUGUAUAAUCAUACUUCUGUAUGACCGCUCAAGUUGCUUGCAUCAAACAUUGGCCUAUGCUUUGCUUCAGUAAACAUGUUUGUUGAAAUGAAUUUAUUUUGGUGAAAUAGAUUGUGUAUCUGUCAAUUUGCCCAUGAUCCUUCAUUGACUGAACCAUCGUGACAACACAAUUUAUGACUUUGAGAAAAUUAAGUCAAAUUUUACAGGAUUUUAGAAGACAAUGAACAUUUACUAAAGUCUCCCUAGUGCAAUAUUUAUGUGAAUCUCAGAGGAAUCGAUAAGAAAACAUUUGAAAAUAGUGUGAAAUCUAGGAUUCAAGAUUGUUUUCCUCUAUUUGUUCUAAAAUUGCCGAGUAUAUCUUCAAACUGAACCAUUUUCCUGAUUAUAUGACCGAUUUUCUGUAGCUUCAUGAGAGAUAUGACCACUUUCAUCACCAGUGGCGGUUACACAGUUUAAGAUGGGUGACCAACUGAAAUGGCAGAUGCCUAUGAAUUAAAACCAGUUUCAGGUAUCAUGUUUAUGCUAUUCAGAAUUGCAUGUAAAAGGAUUCUGUGAUUAUUAUUACCUUUUGUCAAUCAACAUUGUGAUUGCCAGUCCAGCUUGUGGAAGGAGUUCAGUGCAGUGGCUGUUGGAAGCAGGAACAAGCCAGCGCCAUCUUCUUGUUGUUGGUUUCGGAAAUAGAAGAAAACAUGUCACUUGCUUGGAAAGCAAACAUGUAUUUGUUGAUGGAUCUCAUGAGGAAGUUGCAUGAUAUAUGCCCCUUCUGUUAUUUGGAAGAUAGUGUAUGAUCCUGUCAUGAGGUUACUAUUUUAUUAGUGGUAUGCAAGAAAGGUUACAAGAGUUAUGUUCCAUUGUAAACAGAUAGUCAAGUUCCCCACUGUGAUGGGUCCCCACAACCAUACUUGGAGUUGAACUCGCAACCGACUGACCGUUAUGUUUACAAACAAAUGACGACUGUCGUGACGCUGAAUACUCUAACCCCAUCUUAAUUAUUUUCUUUUUCAGUUUGAAUUGCUAUUUCAUUUCAACUAUCACGUAAUUGGUAAAGUAAGAAUGUAAGGGGAAGUUGGGUGAUUUUCUGUUCAUAUGCAAUCUCGAACCAAUCUGAUUAAACAACAAAAAGGUAAGUUUAUUUGGGAAACCUGGUCAGUUGUAAACCUUUUCAAAAUUUGCUAUGAUGGCAUUCCCAAAGACAUAAACAAAACUGAAAACUUGACUUUGGGGUCGAGGGCAAAUUUCAAGAUUCUUGUAAUGGCCACUUCCACACUGACAGCAGGGUGUAACGAAGGUGUCACGAAGGUGUCACAGGCCGGGAAGGAGCUUGACAGACGGUUUGUUUACAAAGGGACAUAACUCAUGUGGCCCUUCUUGCAUACCACAUAUUGUAUAGUAACCUAUAUCAAUCCUAAUGUAUUGAAUCAGUAUGCUUCCCAAGGCCCCCUUGCUUGAUGUUAUCUGUGUUGUAUUGAUUGUCAAGUCCUUUUACUGGAACAUUGAUACACAUUGUGCUAGUUAAGAAUUAUUUAUACAAGAGGGCUUUGGGAAGGAUUUUUGUAUUCAGGCAGUACCUCAUGACCGUGAUUUAGUACAUUGCCUUUUUAGCAGCCAUUGCACAGAAUCUCUUGUUAUUACUAACUGUUCCAUAUUCUGCUGGAGGAGUUGUUAUCAACCAUGUUACUUUGUUUUAGAUUGACAAAGUAAACUUGGGAUAUGUAGGUGUGACAAAUGUUUUGAAGGCAAAAGAACCAAGAACAGCUUUGACAAGAUAAUGACCCGACCAGGAUGUCAGGAUGAUGAGAGGAUCUAAUUCCAAAAGAUUUUGUAACCUUUUACCAUUUGAAGUUUGAUGUUACUAGUUCAUUGAGCUCUUUUUAUCUUUUGUGUCAACUAAAUUUUCUAAAUAAUUGUCCAAGUAAUAAGGUGACAGUGAUCCCGUAUUCAGGAUAUGUUUGUUAUAAUGACAGAAGUCUAUAUUGUUUUUUCUAUCUUCUACUAGUUGAGCCAAGUUUGGAACUUGUGUGUUUAAAAUGAUAAUUGCUGUUGAACAUGUUUGACCCUUCAUCUGCUGGUAAGAUGUAUUUAGAUGUAUUUUCCACCAUAUUUGGUAGUUUCAACCAGUGUUAAACAAUGAAUGUUAUGAAGCCCCAGAUCCAUUGUGACUAUCUGUGCAUUAGCCUGGUGGUUGUUGAGAUAGUGGUGCUUUGUUUGAGACCAGUAUUAACGUUAACACCAGUGUCUUUGAGAUAGAAACAUGACUGCCUUAUAUCGGACUUCAAUAGGGCAGGGCGCUCGCUACAGCGCAGCAUGAAAACCGGCCGCAGGACUCUCGUACAACAAGACAAUCAGGACUCAUUGUUGUUCAAAUCAUUGAGCGGUCUUUCCAUUCCAGUUACUAUGUGAUAUACAGCAAGAUACCUCGCACUGGCCGGACCACACUGAACGUGUCUGGCUGCAUGGUGUUGUUGAUUGACUAAAAUCGGUUGGAUUUAACUGUGAUAUACUGCCAUACGUGCUUGUGUAUUGUUGUCAUCGGCAUACAUGAUCUGUUCAUGUGCAGACUUGGAAUCUCAUGAUAUAUAUAUACCUCCAAACCACACAAAGACUAACUUGUGACACCAUUCAGAGAGUUGUUGCAUGCUUGCCAUGCUUUGUUUGAUAUCUAUCGAUCGGCACAUACGGGUGAUCAGGAAUCUUGUUAAUUCUAGCAUUGUGAAUAUAGAUGCUGAGGACCAGAAGUCACAUGAUCCAAGUCCCACAACUCUUUUACCAGCUGUGAUACCCACAUACGUCGACAUUGGAAAGAUUUUUCAGCACCGAAUGAACAGUUUGCCAUCUUUUGUUGUUGUUUAUGAUUAUUUAUCUCAACUAUUCCAGAGGAAAGAGAGAGAGAGGGAUGAGUGCUGUUUCCACCAUUGUUUUCACCGUCUUCAUGAGUUACAGGAGAUUAUCAUGCUACAUAUGCAAAGGAGUUUUUCAUGCCAUGGUACCGGCUGUUGAUGAAGGUCUGUCCCCAUACAGAGGCUGUAUAUGUUUUGCCUAUGGGGCUGCUUAUUAUGUUCUAUUAACUUUAACCAUGGUUAUCGAGAUCUGGGGCUGAACUGAUAGCAAGACCAUUCGGAAAGAUUUCACAUUCAUACUACAUUUUACCAAAUACUUCUACAGAAAAAUCAAGAAAGGGAGAGGCUGUAUGUGUUUAAGGAAAGUUUUAACUUGUGGUCGGAAGUUAAUAGUUCAACUUUUAAUGUUAGAACUUUUUGUGGGUUUUCGAAAUAUUUUAAGAAAACCUGAAGAAUCUGUAAGAUUAUUAGUAUAUAUUUUCUGACUGCCUCUGUUCACUGGGUAUGUGAUGAACUACUCUAGCGUACCUCCAUUACAACUACAGAAUCAAAGGUAGAGUGCCUAAGGCGUUACAUAUCUGGUUACAAGUACAUAUUGGAAGCAUUACAACCAGUGUUGGAGUGCGUUAAUCUCAACUAUGGUUGAAUUGUAUGAUAGUUUUAGCUGUCUUUUGGUCAUACCUAGAUAACAGAAUGUGAGUUCCAGAUAUAGGAAAUUUUUUUUAAUAUUUUAGUAUAAAUACAAGAAAAUAUUAGGUAUUUUAGUUUGAAAAUUAAAAAAAAUAUUGUAAUUUGUCCUGAAUAUGGUUGAUGUGAAGUUUUGAAAUUCCUGUGUAAAUGUUUUUCUUAAAUAUAUGUGUCUUAUAUAUGUGAAUAUCAUGUCAAAAUUUGUGGCGUUUUUCAGUGUCCUGCUUGUGAUCAUUACUAGUGUAUUGGUGUAUUGGUGUCUAUGAUCAUGGUCGGACCUUUUGGUGUUUGUCAUUGGAAGUUAAGAAGGGUAGGUUCUAAUCACAUUUUAAUCAAAUCAAAUCACAACAGAAAAUGUCUUUUCACUUUUCUCAAUUAGAGUUCAUGCCUUUUAAAAUAACCUACCUGUAUAGUAUGUAAAAAACAACAUUGAUUGGGAAUAUUGCUUUAUGAACACUUUUGAAGACUCUUAUAUUUUAAGUUCUUUAGAUGCAUGUAUGUCUUGUCAGCAAAUUAUCACAGGUUUUUAUGCAGAAUCACAUUUUUGAAGAAGUAUAUAUAUAUAUCAGCUAUGAUAAUUCAAUGGGAGGAAUUUGAUGGUUAUUUUUGGCCAUGAGGUGGUUUCGGAAAUGAAUUGCGAUUUGAAGCAAUCUCUUUAUAAAUCAGCUCUUUUAUUCCGAUACAAUAUCAGUCAGUGUCAAAAUCUGAGGACACCUCCAUAGAAGGUCGCGUCAGUGAACCCUGAGUAAACUUUGAUCUUCCAAUCCAAAUGAAGGUUGUGUGGGCUCUUGAGCCAAUCGUGUGUCAGCUUUCUGAAACAAUUCAGCUUUGUGUAUUCACUGUCUUGAAUUGGAAAUUAUGACACAAGUGUACCAUACAUAGUAAACCUUUUGGGUGCAGUUGUCGACAGGGACCCGUGAACGUCUGGGUUACUAUCAGCAACCCAUGCUUGUUGUAAGAGGCCACUAACAGGAUUGGGUGAUCAGGCUUGCUGACUUGGUUGGUGCUUGUCAUCGCAUCACAGUUGCAAAGAUCAAUGCUCAUGAUGUCAAUCACUGGAUUGUCUGGUCCAGAUUUUAUCAUUUCAAGACUGCUGUCAUAUGGAUGGAAUAUUGCUUGUCUGAAUGCUUCGCUCACUCCACCAAGAAUUUAGAAGCCUUGCAUCUGAUUGGCUGAUUACAAAGUUCACCUGUCACGACCUUGUGUAGAUGUCCUCAGCAUGCAGAAAGGUGUCAUAUCAAGUAAAAGAUCGGAUUAUGAUUAGAUUGGAUUUGGAGACAUAUACACAAAUCCAUCUUAAUGUACAUAAGAUCAGCAUGAUCAAAUAUGAAUCCAGUACAAAAUACAUAUUCAUUCAGUUGAGUUCAGCAUAUCAUGAAUGAAAUUUCUCUUGUAGGGCUCUGUUUAUUGGUUAGUGUUUAUUCUUGAAGUGGUUUAAGAACCUGCCAUCAAUUCUUUUCGAUUCCCUUUUUGUCUUUGAAAACAUGAGGAUUAUACACAUAGAUAAUUGAUUGUAUAUUCUGAUCACAUAAAGGCUUGUUCAUUUUUUAUCCCACCAGCUGUAAAAAUAGUUUGUACCAAUAAAUACCUCCGCGACAGAUUUCCAUUAUGCAGAGUGUUUAGAACUUUUAUUGCAGGAAACCCCUUCUUAGGUUAAUUAAGUAUUAUUUAAUUUAUUUUUAUUUUAAGGACAAGAGAAAUAACUUCAAGCAUAUGUAACAUUUUAUUCUGACUUUGAAAGUAGGCUGGACAUGUAAUCUUUUCUCUCCAAAGCCAUUGACAAAUAGUAGGUGGUAUUUUCAUUGAUAAUUGAAGUUUAUGCAGUCUGAAGUGAAGUUCUGUGUGAUCUAGGAAGGUCACUUAAUAAUAGUCCAGGUUAGAUCACUAAAUCUACUGAAAAUGAUAUAAUGUACUACACAGAGCCCUUCUCUAUUUUCAGCAGAAACAUUAGUUGUUUGAGAUGUUCUAACAAAUGCUUGUCCAUAUUUUGAGGUUUGGGUUUGGUGAAGGAGUCAGGUAGCAGUUUCUAGUCUAGUUUCUGAAGUUACAAACACCAAGAGAUUUCUCAUGUUAAUGUUAGUAUUGUGUAUAUAUUCUAUAUGUCGUACACACUCUAGUGUCCUUUUAGCAGGUUUCUGCAGUGUAGUUUUCAAGUCGUGUUAACUACAUCAUACUGAUGUCAUGUACCUAACUAUUUUAUAUUAUAUUGUAUGGAAAACAUGGCAAAUACAUGCUAGGUAAAAUAAAUACUGGUAAACAGUGCCAUGUACAGACACACUUUGAAACACAUUUUUGUGAUAUUUUACAAUAUGGCCACAAAAUUAAUUUAUUUUCAAUUGAAGCAUGAGAUAAUCGAACACAACCAUGUCAUUGUUCAGGUUCAUAUAUCAUUUGAUGUGUUUUGAGAUAGACUUUGAGCACAAAAACACAUCAUGAUGCUUGAAAAUUAGGGCUGGGAUGAUACACCAGCUGUGUGAUCUGAUACGUAUCACGAUACCUUGUUUACGAUCCGAUAUGUAUCACGAUACUGGUCUGUGCUCUUAUCUGUAUUGUGUAAGCAUCUUUUUAAUAGACAGGAUAGUCAAAUAUGUGACACACUGAUAAUUCACAGUUGGCAGUGUCAAGUAUGGCAAAAUGGAUAAAAAUAUUUACUUUUUUACAACUGAUUUUCACUACUAAUUAGUGUUUGGUGUAACAGUAAAUCAAUAUUUUUUACUUCAUGUGCGAUUGUGAUCGGUACUUGUAUCGAAAAGUAAAAUAUUGCGAUCCACCAAUUGGUGUAUUGUCCCUCCACUAUUGAAAAAUUGAUCAUGCGUUUUCAUUGUGUGUCAGCAUAUGAAGUAUUCUGAUGUGUCAGUUUCAACUGUUACCUCUCGGGUCCAGCAGAGCUCUCAGACCUUGCACAUGAAGGUGUGCCUGCUUUUUGCAACUGUGGCUUAAAGAGUCCUGUUCCAGAGGUGGGUGGUGGGUAGGGCAGUUGGGAGAUUGUUUGUCUAUCGGCCCUGGGUUUUAACCCUUUAUGGUUACAUUUCUGUGAGGCCUUCGCUGUUAACAGUCAACAGAAAAUAAUGAGAGCUCCCUAACUUAUUAUAUUUCACUUCAUGUAGAAUUGUGUAAUAAUUAAAGGAAGGUAGGUUACCUAUACAAAUGUUUUAAAACGAGCUACAGAAGAGCUAGGAAAGGGAAUUAACUCCUUCUGAUAGGUGUCGUUUUUUAUUUUUAUUCUGCCAAAGUAAAGUUGUUGACCAAAAUAUGUCACUUAAAAUUAGAACAGAACGGGACAUACAGAUUUUCAUUAUAUCUGAGUCUUCAUGAAAGUUCAAUUUGUGUGUACAUUCAUGAAGUGUUUUGGGGCGGUCGGGUAGCCUAGUGGUUAAAGCGUUCGCUCGUCACGCUGAAGACCCGGGUUCGAUUCCCGACAUGGGUACAAUGUGUGAAGCCCAUUUCUGGUGUCCCCCGCCGUGAUGUUGCUGGAAUAUUGCUAAAAGCGGCGUAAAACCAUACUCACUCACUCACUCACUCAUGAAGUGUUUUAUGAGGAAAGUUCAGGUCGGUUCUAAUGACUUCAUUAGUAAUGUCUGAAUGGAUCAAACAAUCUUGUUUAUUAUGAGCAUUUUAGGUUACUCAUUGUCUUCUCUCUGGCGGGUGUAACAAACAAUUAUAUGAAGGUUUUGGGUGAUGGUAUUUGCCAUGUUUUGCCACUUGGACAUAUCCAGGUUUUGUGGUGUAUUCUUGGUGUGUAGUUAUAGUAGUUAGACAUUACACUUUUCAUGUUUGUGUUCUAGUUUCUGCAAGGAGCACCAGCUGUCACAUGGAAAGGUCACCAGGUCAAAGGUCAUACUCAUAGUCAGUGAUUAUGUGCACAUUUUGUUGUUACACAGAUGUUUACUUGUAUUUUGGUUAUAAUGGACAUAAGACCUUUGACCUGCAGUUCCUAUUUUCUAGCUGCAGUUAUGUAACUACGAUCAUCUAGUCAAUUAUUCAUUUAAUCUGGGUUGAUGUACACACACUAAGUAUUUUCUCAACUUUAUACAUAGAAAAUUCCAGAGAAUCACGAUUUUUGUCGUGACUCUGACAUUGAUGAAAACAGUUUAUGUUUUUGGGAACAGUUGUCGACAAGCUGAUAUGAGCUAAGAAUCUCGGUGGGGAAUUUCUGAAUUUCCAAAUUGCCAGUACUGUCCAGGUGACCUCUUGUUUUUGCGGCUUUUCGGCGGUAGAGAAGGCAGGGAAUCUGUCAAUUGCCUACCCAGCGUAGGCACCAGGACUAUUAUGUUCAAAGUCCUUUUGUGCGUUUCAUUUAUAUUUCCCAAGUACACGAAAAGCGGGGUUCUGUCGUUGGAAAUAAAAAUACACAUCAAGAGGCCACCCUGAUUGAGAAAAUCAGCCUCAUUAUUGUUCAACAUGUUCCAUGUGUAAUAAAGUAGUGUGUGCGCCAGCAAGCCAACCAACUCAGAUUAUUGACUAACAACACCAGCUAUGAAGCCAUUUUCAUAGUGUUGUCACAUUCAGGGGACACUUUGUCUUAAUUCAGGGUACAUGACUGCAGCUAGAAGCGAGUCCAGAUGUAACACCAUGGUGUACAGCAGUAACACACGCAAGCUUUACAUGAUCACCCUUUGUGUGUGAAACGCAGCGGCAUCAUCAGUAGGGCUAUACUAGUUUUAACAACGUGAUGAGGAGUGGCUGCAGGCUUUCUGAGGUGCCACUCUGGUUUGUGUACAUACGGUGUGUUUUUACGAUGUCUUUCAGAGCUUAGACAGGGAACAGUCUGCCAACGUAUAGAUCUGGGUUUUAGAGCAGAUGCGAUAUAUGUUCUCUAGAAAGGGCUACCAACGUGUUCCGUAGUCAAGGUGUUCAUCCCACAUGUGUUGGAGGACUUGUCUGAGGGGUCCUGCGUCAAACUGUCUAUUCUACCUCAGAGAGAUAACUUGAGGCUUGUAGAAUAUCAAAAAUCGGUGGAAAGAAAAUGUACAUAUCUCCGUUUCAUAAUUUAGUAUAUAAGAAAAACCAGUUUUUUUUCAUUCAGGUAUACUGUCAAUUCAAAAGUUAGAUACUUUUUUUCAAAAUAUAAUUGGAAAGUAAAAAUCAAAUGACAGUAGAAUUUUGGAAUUUGUUUUUUAUAUCCGAAGAUAAUUAACCUAGUCAUUAUGGACAAACCUCUAGAUGGACAAGAAAAUUGUCUUAACUUUAAUUGAAAGGUUGGCCUCACUUUGAUUCUCCAUGUUUACAUGUUUAUAUGUAUUUAUCAGGGGAAGACAUUUGUUCCAUGUGAGAAUGUCUUGUCUGGUACAGUGUUGAUGCAGGAGGUUCUCACACUCGUCCCCAUCAUGGAUCCUGAGACCGAGUUUCAUCUGUCAUUGAGAAUGGUGGCCUCACCCACAAGGGAUCACUUUUAAAGAUGUAAAUUAUUGAUGGAUAUCACAUGCAUGCUAUAUAGACCGAUAUCACAUGCAUGUAAUACCAAGUGAUAUCCCACUGCAAUAUGUGGGGAGAGUGGUACGAAGAGUCUUUCAUCAUUACAUUGCCAGCAACCAUCACGCCAAGUGCCAAGCGAGUUGAGAUCGUUGAGUCAUGUCUUGCCAGAUCACAUGACCCUCGAUACAUUGUUCAAUUGUUAUCAAAUCAAGCAAGUCAACUGUUACUAUUUAAGAAGAGAAGAUGGGGUGCUUGAAGGAUGUUUUAAGUGUAUGAAUGGCUGUACACAACGUCAAUAAAAGCUUGCAUCUGUGCUCCA